AUGGCCACCCCCGAUACAGAUGUCGGCGAGUAUGAUCAGUACUGGCGACUCGCCUCGUACCAGAAGUGGACCAAGGCCACGCUGUUGGGCGCUCUCCAGUCCAGCGGCAUCGUCGUCUCGAGGAGCCUUACCAGACACGCGCUCAUCGGCAUCAAGCAUCGACUCGAUCGUGCCAUGGUCUACUACGGAGACCAGCGGAUCUCGACGGACGAGCUCCGGAAGUUCGUGAGAGACCGCGGACUGUCUCUGCCGACACCUGCAACUCGCAAAGCACUUGUCAAUGUUCUCGUGGCCGCAGAUGAAACCCGAACUUUCGACCGCUUCCAGGACUUGCCACCAGAGCUUCGCGAGGACAUCUACAAGCUCUAUUUCGAUGCGUUCCCGGAGAAGCUCAUUUGUCCAACGCAGCCUCCACUGACACGAACCAACAGGCUCAUUCGCGAAGAGGCUUUACCCAUCUUCUACAAGUCGAUUAGAUUCCAGCUCGCUUUUUUCUACGGCCAGAGCCAGAGCACGUCUGACGAGACAAUCAACAAGGGCACUCUCCGUCCAGACUUUCCGACUACUGCAUUUCUGCAUCAACUUUCCGCAAGACCAGAUCAAAUCCUGCGAAAAGUCGUCAUCGACAUCGGUGUUGCGUCCAUCGAAGGCUUCCGUUUCCUCGACUCGAGCGUUCUGAUCUCCGCGGAGUUGACUGUCAAGCCCAAGAAAGGCCAGAUCGACAAGGAUAUCUCGCGCAUGGGAAGGAAGCCAAAGAAGGGCAAGGAGUUGGUGGCUAAUGUUCGCAGCGAGCUGAAGAGAAGCUUGAGAGGCUGCUCAAAGAGGGCCAAGGAGAUGCUCAAACUCAAGGAUAUCUAUGCUGCGCGUCGGGCGGCAGAGAAUGGCUUCUUGUAG